GAACCUAACAAUCUCUAUUUAGAUAGUACUAUUCUCUAGCUGUCUCUUCCUCUACUUGUUUUUCAUUGCAAGUAAAUGCUGCCAUCCACCACCAAAAGCUGAGCUUUCCCACACAUUAUAAAGCUCUGGAAAAAGGCCUUUAAUUCCUUCUUCAACUUAUAGGCAAAUGAAGACUUAAGAAUUGAAGUAGAAAGGAAAAUUAACAAUGGGCAUGAAGAGGAAGCCCAGACUUAGCCUUCAACUUUUCCCUCUAUUGGCUUCCUCAUCCUCCUCUUCUUCUUCUUCUGAGUUGUGCACUGAUCACUCUUUAAACAAGCAGAUCACAAUUCUCUGCAACACACAAGCUGCGGUUUCAUGUGAUACAUCUGAACUCCAGGCCUUGGCCAUAUUAUGGCAUGCAAGAAGAGAAAUGGAAGAAAAAUAUAAUAUUAGUGGAUCAAAUUCGAGAACACCAUCUCUGCAAUUUCAAUUGCAUAGACCUUAUGGAUUGUCUCUGAGAAAGUCUCUUCAAAGGUUUCUGCAAAAAAGAAGAGGCAGGAUUCAAACAGCCACUCCCUACCAAAACCAAGGAAAAUGAUCAAGGAGAUCGUGACAAAGUUUGUCCUGAUUUUCUUAUCUUAUUUGAAUUUUUUAUUCCGGAAGGAGGCGCAAAUAUUUACCACAAUUGGUUUUUAUUUUUCCUAAAAGGAAAAUUGUUUUUUUUUGUUUUUUGUUUUUUUGAGGAAAUGAAUUUGGAAUUCUAUACAUUGAGGAUCUUUCCUUUUCACUUUAUAAUAACAUUCACAAUGUAGUCAUUUAUGGUUGGAGAGUCAUGUUUAGGGUGAGAAUUUAUUCGUUUGAUAAUUUUGUAGUAUCUUCUACUCUGUAAUUGUUUAUCUCCUCCCAUAUGGAUGUAGAUAAAUUGAAGAAACCACGUUAUAUUAUUA